UAUUGUAAGCCUGUUCCAAAACAGCCUUUUCAUGCCUUGUCUUCUACAGUUUAGGUCUAAGGUUGUUUUAGUCCUUGUAUCCAGGGUGAAAACAUCAAUUUUUAAUAGCCAGUAAUUUUCAGAAUAUGUUCAGCAUGUUGUUUUAUGCAGCAUGAUCUAAUAAACUUAUAUAUGAGGAAAAAGACGAUUUAGUUACCCUGAGGUGCUGUAUUUCCUUCAUCCCAGUCAGCUGGUACUGUUUGGGCUGUUAUUUCUGAGACUGUAAACAGACUGGGAAAGGCAGAGGGCUGACCUAGAUUCAAAGAAAAUAAACCAAAUCUCUGCACUUCAACCUAUGGAUUUUCAUAAAACUCUGGGACACUGGGAAGUGUAUCAGGAGCUUAUAAACACUGAGCAUUUACUAACCAGCAACACAUAAUCUUCUAUUUUCAGUCCUGUGGAGUGAGUUUCUCUAUCUGCAAGGCCAAUGUGUUUUAGGUUAGAACUGGCUUGGUCAGGUGCAAAAUGCACAGCACUGUUUUCACUGAUUGUCUGAUAACUUUACUUACCUUUUUUCCUAUGCAAACAGGAGAGCUUCCAAAGCUCUUUUGAUUCUAUCAGGAUGAAAUUUAAGAUGCAGCUGAUGCAGGAGGCCACCUGGCAGUGUAAGUUAGAAUUUUAGCUCAUAGGAGUAUCUUUGAUGCAAACACCCCCACGUUGCUGGUAGGAAACCUGCAACUUGCUGCUCUCCAGGUAGUACCACUAGGGAAAAGCUUAUGGCAGUUCUCCCUAAGGAAAACAGAAAUCUUCCUCCCCAGAGUAACUUUGCUUUUCAUAGUUUUGUAACAACUACUCUUUAACUUACCACGGUGAAGAGAAGGUUUUAUUUCUGGAGGUCAGAAGGCCCUUUGUUACUGUACCAAAAAUAGAUUUGGAUAAGUUGGGUGGAGUCUGAUUAGAUCAUCAGUUCAGUAAUGCCAUUUCCUGCACAAAAUCAACCAGUUGUACAAUUCCAUCUCUUCUUUCAUAUUCAGAAUUAUGUACAAUUACACAGAGCAGUGUAAAUGCAGUGAGAGCAGCCAAACAACCUGUGUGUCUUGGUGACAUUUCUGUUGCUUUUGGUGGGAACAGUGACACAGGCUCUGACUGAUACUGAGCAGUGCCUGCCUUGGUAACACGCAGGUGCUGGCAGAGAGGCUGUUACAGCCAGGAUCAAACAGGUUUUUCCCUGAACUGAGAGCUGUUGGAAAUAUCCAAUCCCAGCUAACAUUUGAAUCUGAGCAUAUUAUUUUUUAAUGUCUCAAAACCAAAUAAAGCAGUAAUAGUGUUUCAAGGCUUCCAGAGGAAUAGGGAGUUCACAGCUGGAGGAUUUUUCAGAGAGGAGAACCCUGAGAAAAGUUACCAACUCUUCAUUUUCAAUGGUCACAUUAAAGCUUCUCAAACCCGAGCAGCUCAACUGUGAUAUCAGAAGUCUGAACCUUGCAGGUAACAAAGUCAUUUAUUUGAUGGAAUAGAGCUGGAUAUUGAAGCAGAGAUGGUCAUCUGGGAAUAAGCAAGCUAUGACUUUAGAAGUGCUGGUGGUUUGGGGGUUUCUUUUCACUUUUUUGGGGGGGCAGCUCAUUUGUGUCAAGGCGAUUAUGCUCUUGCACUUCCAAAUAGUCAAACUCUUGGAGACUUUGUCCAUUGACAGCAGAGCUGUGUCUUUUUGUCCAGUUCUCAUCCUUGGUAGUUUAGGACUGGAGCACAGUCAUCAUAUCAAGAAUGCUAUAAAAAUAGUUAAUUUCUAAAUUAUUUUCUGUGUGCCACCUUUGUUUCUAUUUCUGAAGUUGCACUGAAGCAUUUCUAGUUUGUUUUGUUUAUUUGUUUGUUUGGUUACAUCUUCUGUGUUAAGGUUAAAACCUGAUAAUUCUUUUGUGUAAGAGCAGAAUUUGGUUCCCUUCUGGAUGAAAUGCAGAAGUGUGAGAUGGAUCCCAAGGUUUUACAGUAAAAGAAUUAUGAGAGCAUUGCUGUCACCCAUGUUUAGUGUGAUGAAACAACAGAGAAAAAGCCUUUAAUGUGCCAGAGUGGGGAAGACAUCACUAAUUAUGUCUCUUGUCAGUGAAGAAUUUCCAGAAGAGGUUCCCCCACGAGCUGAGGAAAUCACCAUUCCAGCUGAUGUCACCCCUGAACGAGUGCCAACCCACAUAGUGGAUUACUCAGAAGCAGAACAAAGUGAUGAGCAGCUUUACCACGAAAUAUCACAGGCAAAUGUGAUUUGUAUAGUAUAUGCUGUUAACAACAAGAAUUCUAUUGAUAAGGUAACAAGUCGCUGGAUCCCCCUCAUCAACGAAAGGACAGACAAAGAUAGCAGGUUGCCUCUUAUAUUAGUUGGAAACAAGUCUGAUCUAGUGGAGUAUAGCAGUAUGGAAACUAUCCUUCCCAUAAUGAAUCAAUAUACAGAGAUAGAAACGUGUGUAGAGUGUUCAGCCAAAAACUUGAAGAAUAUAUCUGAGCUAUUUUAUUAUGCACAGAAAGCUGUUCUGCAUCCUACAGGUCCUCUGUACUGCCCAGAGGAGAAAGAGAUGAAACCUGCCUGUAUCAAAGCCCUCACUCGCAUUUUUAGAAUUUCUGAUCAGGAUAACGAUGGCACUCUCAAUGAUGCAGAGCUCAACUUCUUCCAGAGAAUUUGUUUUAAUACACCACUGGCACCUCAAGCUUUGGAAGAUGUAAAGAAUGUAGUCAGGAAAAACCUAAGUGAUGGAGUUGCAGAUAAUGGGUUGACAUUAAAAGGUUUUCUUUUUCUACACACCCUUUUCAUCCAGCGAGGAAGGCACGAAACAACGUGGACUGUCCUGCGUCGCUUUGGAUACGACGAUGACUUAGAGCUGACCCCAGAAUAUUUGUUUCCUCCCCUAAAAAUUCCCCCGGACUGCACAACAGAACUAAAUCAUCAUGCAUACUUGUUCCUUCAAAGUAUUUUUGAUAAACAUGAUUUGGACAGAGAUUGUGCUUUGUCUCCUGAUGAACUGAAAGAUUUGUUCAAAGUCUUCCCUUACAUGCCAUGGGGCCCUGAUGUGAACAACACAGUUUGUACAAAUGAGAGGGGAUGGAUCACAUACCAAGGGUUUCUCUCUCAGUGGACACUAACCACGUACCUGGAUGUGCAGCGUUGCCUGGAGUACCUGGGUUAUUUAGGGUACUCCAUACUUGCAGAACAAGAAUCUCAAGCAUCAGCAAUUACAGUGACAAGAGACAAAAAGAUAGACCUGCAGAAAAAACAGACUCAGCGAAACGUCUUCCGCUGCAACGUUGUUGGGAUGAAGGGCUGUGGGAAGGGUGGAGUUCUCCAGGCUCUGCUUGGAAGAAAUCUAAUGAGACAGAGGCAAAUCCGUGCAGAACACAAAUCUUACUAUGCCAUUAAUACAGUCUAUGUAUAUGGACAGGAAAAAUACUUGCUGCUACAUGAUGUCAGUGACUCAGACUUUUUAACUGAUGCUGAGACCGUCUGCGACGCUGUCUGCCUGGUGUAUGAUGUCAGUAACCCCAAAUCCUUUGAGUACUGUGCCAGGAUUUUUAAGCAGCACUUCAUGGACAGCAGAAUACCAUGUUUAGUGGUAGCUGCCAAGUCCGACUUGCAUGAAGUUAGACAGGAAUAUAGUAUUUCUCCUGCUGAAUUCUGCAAAAAACACAAAAUGCCUCCACCUCAAGCCUUCACGUGUAACACUGCUGAUGUGCCCAGUAAGGAUAUCUUUGUGAAGCUGACGACGAUGGCAAUGUAUCCCCAUGCCCGGUUACGCUGUAUGUGCGCCUGCAACAGGUGUACAUUUUGCAUCUGUCAGAACUUCCUCAACUCAGACUUGCUGCAAUCUGUAAAGAACAAACUCUUCACUGCAGUUCUUAACAGGCACGUGACACAAGCGGACCUCAAGAGCUCCACGUUCUGGCUCCGAGCAAGUUUUGGUGCUACUGUCUUUGCAGUUCUGGGUUUUGCCAUGUACAAAGCACUACUAAAGCAGCGAUGAUCUGAGAAGAAGCACAUCUGGCCCUACCAAAUAAAUAAAUUAAAAAAACCACUUUUAUGUACA